GAUGAUGACUUUGGUGCAAUGAGUCUUGGUACAAGUAGCAAACAUGAGAGUACAGAAGAAGAAGACACUCGUGCCUUGUGUCAGCAGAGGGGUGUGGCUGCCAAUGCACCACUGUCACGCAUAUUACAAGCUAUUGAUGAGGAAUUGAAAUAUCUCAAAGAAACAGGGCAGUCUGCUAAGGCUGAUUAUGUACAAACUUUGUACAUAUUGAAAUCAAAGCAGGCCACACAGGAUGGUAAAGUAGCCCAAGCUGCAUCAAAUGAAGAAACUCCUCUUGGUCAAGCCUAUUUGAAGUACAUGGAUGCAGUGUCUUUAAGUCAGAAUAAUGCUGUAUACAAUGUACAUGCUGGCAGGUUGCUUUUACUACAGGGAAAAGUAAAUGAGGCACUUGAAAGACUAGAAGUGGCUGUUGGAGUCAAACCAACUAUGACAAUUGCAAGGUUCUACUUAGAUUGGCCAUUGCAAGUCAGUCUUCUGGUGCUGGUACAAGUGUAAAGAAGCCAUUGCAUACUUACAUGAUGGAGUACAAUAUUUAUUAGAACAUGUACUAUUAGUGCUAUGACAAAG